AUUAGCCUAACAUCAACAGUUAAUCCCAGCGAUUCGCGUCUCAGUUUGUGAUUGCGGUUGCCCCUUGUCUGUAAUAUAGAUUCGCGAUAGUGAUCACCGUUAUCAGCUAGGGCGGUCGUGCUUUCGUUGCGAUAUUUGUCACACUUACAGUUUAUCGGGAACAACCGACGAAAAAAGACCAUGCAUGUCUUCUGACCGAUGACGCUAUGGCACCACCAAUUUGCGAUAUAUCAUUUGACGAUAACACACACGGGGUGUACCUCGCGGGACAAACUCUAGCUGGCCAAGUUGAGGUUACGGUACCAAAAGUUAAAAAGGUGAAAAGUAUUUAUUUACGAAUAAGUGGUCAGGCCUGCGUUAAAUGGACAGAUAGCCAAGGAACGGGUAUCAGUGUGGUGUACAGCGGCCGAGAAGAAUUCAUCAAUCAUACAAUAGUGCUCCUUAACAACGAUGCUGGCGAAAAUUCCGACCAAGGAGAAGAAGUGAGUCUGCAGGAGGGAACGCACAACUUCAAGUUUUCCUGCAAACUACCCACAAAUUGUCCAACGUCGUUUGAGGGCGACUUUGGGUAUAUACGAUAUACGAUCCGAAUAGUAUUCGAAAGGCCAUGGAAAUACGAUUUGACAUACAAGAUAGCCUUUACGGUGGUGAACCAGCUGGAUUUGAAUAAGAUUUCACCACCUUUGAAUGUGGCUGCCGUGCAAGAAAAUAUGCGGCAGUUCAGCUGCGGGAUUUGCAGAUCAGCACCAAUGAUCAUGACAGUGUUUAUACCAAUGACCGGUUACGUACCCGGUCAGCUGAUACUGGUCACAGCUGAUGUAAUGAACAAAAGCAAAAAGGACAUCAGUGAGAUCAAAAUAAAACUUCGCCGGCAGGUUAAAUAUUUUAGUCAAUCUCCCUGCGAGAGGACGAAAGAUGUACUUUAUACUCUAGUCAAAUAUCAAUGCUGUGGUGUAGAUCGAAAUCGGUCAGCUAGUUACGAACGGAGAUUACUAAUCCCACCUGAGCCUCCCUCGAGAUCCACCAACAUAAUUAAAAUAGAAUAUUUCAUCGAAGUCACUGCCCAUAUUCAAGGACUGUUCGCAAGUCCUCGGGUUAAAAUUCCCAUAACAAUCGGUACCGUCCCGUUGGCAAAUCUCAAUAAGUGCCAGAAACAAUCAUCGAUCGUCGACGGUCAACUGCGGGCCUCCGGAUCGAUCGGUAGUUUUUCUACACAAUUUCUAUCGAGCAGCAUUCAGUCGUUAAAAAUUCCGCACAGCUUCGAAGAAUCGUUAACCCGAGCCGCAAUCGACAUCAACGAAGAGGGCGACCAACAGACACUCGGGACUAAACCUUUCACUCCGCGUUAUCCGGUGUACAAGUUUCCUGAACAAUCGACCGGUGCAAACAGCAGUCAGCGAUAGCUUAAACUGUAUCCAGUCCAGUCGCAGUUGAAAGUACAUACGCCAGUGCGCCAGAGAGUAGCGUUAAUGGAAUUCCUGCGUUCGGUUGCGACACUUAUCGCCGCAAAAAAUACUAUUGCUAAUAAUAACAACAACAAUAACAAUAUCUUGUGGCUGGUUCUUAUCAUGUGGGCUUGGUUUGUUUGGUAAUGAAAUUCUAUUUAGAAUGUUCACUGCCCGGUACUUAAAGGUUCCGAAGAAAGCUUACAUUAUCGAACAUGUGUCAGCGGCUCGUAUAAAAAAAAAAAAAAAAAACAGAAACAACUGCUUCAAAUUGAUUGCUUCAGUUCAGUUUCACUACGGCGUGAAGUACAGGAAAAGCAAACAACGCACCUAAAUUAUGUUUAUUUUUCCGAAAAGUGAUUGCGACGAAUUGACCAUCACAAUUCAGAUUUGAUCUUUCGCCCAAAUCUUGUCUAACCGUUUUAUGGUAUAUUUCUUUGGUUUUGAUUAAAAGUUGCCAAAUUUCAAGUAAAAUUAUUCAGUGCUCUCUUGAAACCAUAAAAUAAGGAAUGGAAUUAUGAUCGUGCUCUUCAUCUUCAGCGAUUAUGCUAAAUUGAAAAGUGAACUACACCAUUUUGCAAAUUUGAAAACGGUGCAUUAAA